CCAGAAGCUACGUCUUCUGAUAUUCUUGUGCUCAAAAGUGGAUUGCAUACUAUAAUAUACAUAAUUUAUUAUCAUUAUUUUUUCCGGUUACUUCUUCUCCAUCAUACAUACACUUGUGAAAGUUAUUCAUGUCUAAUUCUAAAACUGAUGACUUAAUUUUUAAUGAGCCAACAAGUCAACAAUCACAACGUAAUCAACAUAACAAGUGUAAAUGUUGUCGAGAGUAUGGAGAUGCUUUGGUAUUUGGAUUAUUUCGUAAAAAGCAAAUUGGUAAUGAUAUGAAAGAACUACUCAAAACUGGUUUGAAUCGAUGCUUGAAUACACUGGACUUGACAGCAUAUGGAUUAGGAUCUAUGCUUGGAGGCAGUAUUUACGUCCUUACUGGAGCUGUGAUGAACAGGCGAACUGGACCAGCUGUAUUUCUUGCCUAUAUCCUGGCUGCAUUUGUCGCUCUAAUUAAUUCUCUGAACUACUCGGAAUUAGCGUGUCGUAUACCAAAGGCUGGCUCUUCAUACACAUACACUUAUAUUAUUAUGGGCGAGUUUCCUGCUUUCAUUACUGGAUGGUCAAUACUGCUGGAGUAUAUUUUGGGAAUAUCAUUGGUAGCACGUUGUUGGAGUAGUAUGCUUGACAGUUUGGCUGAUAAUCAUAUUAGUAAAUGGACAAUCGAAACUGUUGGUAGGUUAUCUCCACCAGGUGGAAUAUUGGCUGAAUAUUUGGACUUUGUUGGUGUAUUACUAACUAUUGUUCUAUCUAUUGUAUCCUGCUGUGGAAUUCGUGGCAGUGCAAAAGUAACUGCGAUUUCAAUAUUUAUCAAUGUUGGAGUAUUGACGGUGACUUCUAUAUACAUGUUUGUCUACAGUAAACCAGAGUAUCUAACAAUUACAGCGCCUAAUGUUACUGUGGAUCCAUUAUCUCCAAAUCCAAAUUUUUUACCAUUUGGAAUUCCAGGUCUGAUAGGUGGAACAGCUAUUUGUUUCAAUGUCUUUAUUGGCUUCGAUGCUAUAUCAACUUGUGCAGAAGAAGCAAAAAAUCCAAGUUAUAGUAUACCUAGAGCAAAUAUUAUUGCUGUAUUUAUUGUAGCGCUUGUAACUACAGUGUCUUCUUUAUCAUUGGCUUUAUAUUAUCCUUGGUUUUUAAUAAGUACAGAAAGUUCAUUUCUCAGUGCAUUGAAAGGCAAUAUACUCAAUGGUGGUCCACAAAGUGUAAGAGUAGGAAUGUUUUAUUUUGUUGGAGUUGGUUCACUGAUUGGAUUAAUUGCUUGUCUUUUAACAUCAUUGAUUGCUGCACCAAGAAUUAGUUAUGCUAUGGCACAAGAUGGAUUAAUUCCAACGAUAUUUUCUCAUCUCUGUCAACCUUUCAAGACACCUGUUGUGGCUACAACAUUUAUUACAAUUUUAACUGCUUUCUUAACUUUAAUAUUCAGUGUGGAUAGUAUAGCUGAUUUUUUAAGUUUAGGCACAUUGAUUGCCUAUUCAGUUACUGCAUUGGCUAUUAUCUGUGUACGUUAUAGAAGUCAACCAGACAAUUUACAAGAAAUAAGUGAAACUGAUCAAAUUGAAUUAGAAGUCAAUGAAAAAGAUAAGCCCACUAAUACUACGGAUUAUUACAAAAAGCGUAUAGGUAAACCUGGAUAUGUAAAACAUGCGUAUGCUCGUUAUAUGCCAAAUUGUAUGUUGAAAGCUUUCAAUUCUGGUAUACCAGGUGAUGCAGUGAUAUUUAUAAUGGCUGCUUAUGUUGUAUUAAAUGGUGUUUUAAUAAUGUGUUUAACUAUUGGAGCAAAGAAUGGAUUAUGGCCAGUAUGGCGAAUUGUUUGUGUAGUAAUCGUUCUUCUACUGCUUAUAACCUGUAUACUAUUAGUGGGAACUUUUCAACAGUAUGGACCACCUUACAAAGGUUUAUUUCGUCUUCCUUAUGUUCCACUUCUGCCUUGUGCAACACUAACAAUCAACAUAUUUUUGGUGAGUGAACUUUCCUGGGUAACUUGGAUACGAUAUACUAUUUGGGUGGGGAUUGGUUUAAUACUUUAUCUUGGAUUUGGUGUCAUGAAUACAUAUCAAAUAGCUAAAAGAAGUGAAGGUGUUAGUUCAUCAACAUAUCUACGUGAUCCAGAUGAUGCAAAAGAAUACGAUAAAAACUACAACUCGACAGGAAAAACUUUAUAAACGAUAUGCAGGUAUACGUUAGCUUCUUUAUCAAAACAGAAAGAAGCAAAACGGCCAGAUUCACUUGUCUUUUCUCUCUCUCCCUCUCUGACUUGUCUAUUCUCUAACUCUUACUGUUUCUUUUAAAGCCUUUCCUUUCCUUUCUUCCUUCAUUUCGUCUUCUUUAUGUCCUCAUCAAUCUCUUCUAAUUUAAUUAUUGUCUACGGCUGUUACCAUGACAAUUAUCGGUCCUUCAGUCAUUCGUUUAUAAUAUGGGAGACAUUUCAACUGUUGUUAUUGAAUACGAAGGCGAAUUCUAUGUGCUUUGACCCAGUGGAGGAUAUUGUGAUAAGUUUUGUUUUCUUACUUACAUUUUACUUAUGUGAAAGUGGUGAACCCCCCCCCCCAUAAUUAAUGUUAUUACUAUUAUUAAUAUUAUUUCAGAGUACAAACUACCUUAUUUUACUGAAUAGAUAAAUAAAUAAAGCAAGCAAAUAUGAUCAGUUUGUUCGAUGUGAUCAGUUAUGUAUGUAUGUGUUUUUUAUGAAGCAGUUGAGUGUUCUGUCUUUAUUCAAUUCGUAUUCCUUAUUGUUAAUAAAACUGGUUGGAGAAUGAGACUUUUUUAAGGGUCCUUGAAAUAAAUUGUCUAACAGUAGUGGUUUUGAAGAAGUGGGAAGUCUUUACCAGUGGGGUAUCGAAAGUUAG